GUAUUGCCUCCAAGCCUAGUAACCUCUUUGUUUCCUUGUUCUACGUGUCUAUCUUUAGCCUAUUCCUCCCACUUACGCCUUCAAAACGUCCCUCUCUUACAAGAGAGGCGACCAGAAGUGGAAAAUUUGAAGGGAAAAUCACGUGUUCUGGCGCUUAAGUGGUCACUACACUGGCACUCGACUGGCCGAUUUCCCUGCCCCUUCUCUCAGGAAUAAUCGGCUCUUGGGGCGUCUUUCUUCUCAAAGGCUCUGGGGACAUUGAGGGUCUGUAAUCUGUGAGAUGGCUUCUCCAGACUUAACCCUGGACUCACUUUCGGCGCAAUUUCCUCUGACUUGGCCUAUUCCUACACCACUGAGGAAUCCCGAUCUUCUGACACCAAAAGAUAUUCAUAGAGAGGAAGAUCUGCUCAGAAAUGCCUCUUCAUUUCGUCUUUGGUGGACAACCAUAGCUGCAGUAAGGGAUAGCGUUGUCGCUGAACAAAAGGCUGCACCUGCAUCUUCUCUUCCUACUCCACUCACAUCCCUUAUUGGACCCCUUUCCACGCCCGCGGCACGCCUUGGGCUCCAGAAACUUACCUACCUUUACGAGUCUGCCCUCACUCACUUUCCUUCCUCCUUCAAGCUAUGGAAAGCCUACCUUCAGAUGCGGUGCUUAUAUGUGUUUGGAAGAGGCUCAAAACCGAAGAGAGCUGGUGGGAGAAAUAAAUGGGCAGAUAUGAAGGUGCUUAUGGAGGAGGAGGAGUUUGAGUUUGAACAAUACCAGAGUGGACUCGAUCCCGUUGUUGGAUGGAGCGAAUGGAAAUCUCUGAUUGCUGUCUUCGAGCGUGCGUUGAUGUGGCUUCCAACGAUGCCAAGAAUAUGGUUACUGUAUGUCAAUCUGUUUACUCAUCCCCAAUGUCCAGCCCCAGUACAAUACACACAUGCUCGAAGAACAUUCGAUCGUGCUCUUCGGACUCUCCCACCAUCUUUGCAUGCACGAAUUUGGCCUCGGUAUUUGUUGUGGGCCGAACUAAAAGGUGGCAUGACCACCGUUGUCAUAUACCGACGAUUCCUCGCCAUUGAUCCAUCCCUCACCGAACGAUAUGUAUCCCUCCUCCUUCAUGGAAAGCCAGGCUCUGAACUGGAAGAGGUUGGGAGUGAUGACGAAGAGCCAGGGGUCAAGACGCAAUUCCAGCUGUUACGGACCAGAGGAGCGCAGAACGAGGUCGAGCCUCGUCCUCUGGAGGCUGCUAAACUUUUGUUGUCUUUAGCACGGAAAGCAGCUCGAGGAGAGUAUACGUCGCCGGAAGGCAAGUCUCCUUAUCAACUGCUUGGUGAAUGGCUGGACGUCUGUGAGCGUUUUGCGGACGAAGUGGGUUUGGAGCCUGAGGUGGCAGAUGCGGAGCGCGCCGCCGCCAAAGCAUCCAAGGACAAGCUCGCUAAAGAUGACGCUGAGCGAUCAGGCAAAGAAAUAGAAAAUCAAGAUGGCCGCCCCCCACGAGCUCGGCACUUGGACGAAGAUCCCGCGAAUCCUUCCCUUCUCGACGUAGGGAGGAUUGUGAAAGAAGACGGUUUGGCCAUCUAUAAGGAUCAAGCAGGAAGACUUUGGAGUGGCCUCGCCACAUAUUGGACGAAACGGGGCGAAUUCGACCGAGCGCAGGCCACAUUCGAAGAAGGAAUUGCAACCGUGUUGACCAUUCGGGACUUCACCCAGAUAUUCGAUGCAUAUGCUGAAUUUUCGGAAUCGGUUGUGUCAGCUUUGAUGGACUCACUCGCGGAUCCCGAGGAAGACGAAGACGAAGGAGCUCUUGCGGACACUGAGAAAGAGCUUGAUGAGCGCAUGCGAAAGCUCGAAGAGUUGAUGGACCGGCGACCCUUCCUUGUCAACGAUGUUCUGAUUCGUCGUAAUCCUAAUGAUGUGCAAGAAUGGGAGAAGCGGGUGGCACUGUGGGGUGACGAUGACGAUAAAGUGGCAGAGACCUACACUCAGGCGAUGGAGACCAUUAACCCCCGAAAGGCCACGCCGAAUUACCACAAUAUUUUUGUCAACUUCGCCAAGUUCUAUGAGCAAGGAGGAGUAACAGGCACCGCUGUUCCGGACCUCGACAGUGCCCGACGAGUUUUCGAAAAAGGCACAAAGACACCGUUCAGGACUGUGGAAGAAUUAGCAGAAGUGUGGUGCGAAUGGGCUGAAAUGGAAAUCCGCAAUGAAAAUUAUGACGAAGGGAUUCGUGUGAUGCAGCGCGCAACCGCGAUACCGAAGAACACCAAAAUUAGCUACCAUGAUCAAUCGUUGCCUGUCCAAGCCAGACUGUUCAAGUCGCUUAAACUUUGGUCUUACUAUGUCGAUCUAGAGGAAUCUAUUGGUACCGUCGAGACCACCAAGCGUGUCUACGAUCAAAUGCUGGAGCUUCGUAUCGCCAACGCUCAGAUAAUCGUGAACUAUGCUGCAUUCUUGGAGGAAAACAAAUAUUUCGAGGAAAGUUUCAAGGCCUACGAGCGUGGUGUUGAAGUUUUCACCUACCCUAUAUCAUUUGAGAUUUGGAACAGCUACCUGUCCAAGUUUGUGAAGCGUUAUGGAGGCACAAAGUUGGAACGCGCACGCGAUUUGUUUGAACAAGCCCUAGAAAAAUGCCCUGAGAAAUUCUGCAAGCCUAUCUUCUUCAUGUAUGCUCAGCUCGAGGAGGAACAUGGCUUGAGCAAGAGAGCGAUGAAAAUCUAUGAGCGGGCCUCUGAGGUUGUGGCGGACGCCGACAAAUUUGAGAUAUUUACCGUCUACAUUGCGAAAGCUACGGAAAACUUCGGACUGCCUGCAACACGUCCAAUCUACGAACGCGCUUUGGAAGUUUUGCCAAACCGUCAGGCAGCACAGAUGUGUUUGCGUUUCGCCGCUCUCGAACGCAAGUUGGGUGAAAUCGAUCGCGCGCGGGCCAUCUAUGCCCAUGCGUCCCAAUUUUGUGAUCCUCGCGUGGAGCCGAGGUUCUGGACGGAAUGGAAUUCGUUCGAGAUUGAGACCGGUAGCGAGGAUACCUUCCGGGAAAUGCUUCGCAUCAAGCGCAGCGUUCAAGCGCAGUUCAAUACUGCAGCGUCUUAUUUGGUCGCCAAGACCGAGAAUACAAAACAAGGGACUUUGAACGAGCAAGACACCGCUUCAGGCGCACCACUGGAUGCCAUGGCAGCUGCUGAGCGUGCUACGCUGGACAAGCCCAAAGGACCCUCUUUCGUACCCGCCAAGCAGAGUUUGGCAAAUGCGCCUGCGGUGGCCGACGACGAGCCAAGUGUACCUGCAACAAACGCAGACGAAAUCCAGAUCGAUGAUGAAUUUUAGUUUGUAACUCGGGUCAUCCCCCCCCCCCCCCCCCCCAAUAUACACAUGAGCUACAAUGCAUUUUUGAUUCCUC